UGUGAUCUCAAUUCUCUUCUCUGCGUUUUCGCCCCCUCAGCAAGAAAUCAUGCCUCGCCGAAGCUCUGGAAGAUCUGCUCCUCGUCCUGCCCCUCGCGCUGCCCCUCGUCCUGCUCCAGCCCCAGCACAUCAUGCUCCUCCACCAGCUCCCAUGCAAAGUAGUGGUGGUGGAUCCAUGCUUGGUGGUAUUGGUUCUACCAUAGCUCAAGGUAUGGCCUUUGGUACUGGAAGUGCUGUGGCACAUAGGGCUGUAGAUGCUGUCAUGGGUCCACGCACUAUUCAACAUGAAACUGUUGUUGCUGAGGCAGCAGCAGCAGCUCCGGCUGGUUCUGAUGCUUGUGGUGUGCACACUAAAGCAUUCCAAGAUUGCAUUAAUAGCUCUGGAAGUGACAUUGGCAAGUGCCAGUUCUACAUGGACAUGUUGUCUGAGUGCAGGAGGAACUCAAUGAUGAAUGCUUAAGCUU